AUGGAAGAGGUUCACAAACAUGCAAAAGAAUACGACAAGGCAUCGUCGUUGACAUCCGUACAAUCAUUAGUACAAAACGUUACGGAGAAACAGCGAUAUCAAAGAACCUCUUAUCAGGGCAACAGGAAAUGCUACAAUUGUAAUCGACCAGGGCAUAUCGCGGAGGAAAUACACAAAUGUCCUGCCAAGAAUGUAACAUGUUUCAAUUGUGGAAUGCGAGGACAUUUUAAAGCAAGCUGUAGGAAACGAAAGGUGGAGGAACCUCAGACGUCACAGAAACAGAAUAAAAAGGUUUGUGCGCUGGUUGAUGCUACACCACAAUCUGCCGGGUUAUUUUUCGUUAACGAUGGAGUGCCAUCUGGAUUUCUUGUUUUUGAUGUUGGGGUUUUGCUGUUAGAGAUGGUAGUGGAUUCAGGAUCACCGGCAAAUAUAAUUCGAGAGUCUACCUAUCAAAAGCUCAAGGCGGCUGGUGCUAACAUUAUGGGCGAAAGAAAUGGCGGGGAUCUACAAGUGCGGUUAGAGUCCUUCGCCUCCGAUAGCAAAAUAUUGUUUUCGUGCGCGUUUGAGGCAGAAAUAAAAACACCCGGCGCAGAUAAUGGAGUAUGGACACAUUUUCUGGUUGCACCGAAGGGCCAAACGGAUUUGCUGAGCAAAGCAACGGCAUUCGCACUUGGUGUCCUCAAAAUAGGAUACAGCGUGAACCAAAUUACCGGUAUACGAAAUUCAACUAUAUCGAUUUCGGAAUUUCCAAAGAUACCGAAUGUUGCCUUGAAGAUCCAAGUGGAUGAACACAUCAAACCGAUUGUGCAGGCUGCAAGACGCUUACCGAUAUCAAUGGAAGCUGACGUUGAAGAGGUCAUACAGGACUUAAUCGAUAAAAAGAUUAUCGAACGUGCUGAAGCCCCGUUCACGUGGAUAUCGCCACUUGUACCUGUUAGAAAAAGUGAUGGAAAGAUAAGACUCUGUGUUGACAUGCGGGCUGCCAAUCAGGCGGUCAUUCGAGAGAACUAUCCCAUGCCCAACAUUGAUACCGUCAUAACUGAAAUUCGCAAGGUUACCAAACUAUCGAACAUAGAUUUUGGGUCAGCGUAUCACUAUAUCGAGUUAGAGCUGAUGCUCGGCAUCAAGUCUGCUCCCGAACUGUUUUAG